UCUUGUUUUUUGCAAGUUAUUGAAGAUUUCUUCUCAACGUCCAGAAUUUACUUGCGUGUGUGGCAGUAACAACUCUUCAAAAUCAACAAAAGACAAUUGUGAAAAUUUUGAUAAAAUUAUAGAAAUUAUUGAACAUGUCUUCUUCCCAUCUUGCAAACUUUCCACAUAUUGAAGGUGAUGUGCUGGGUAAAUCUGCUGCAGAAAUGAACUUAGAUGUGCCAGAAAAAACAAGUGACUCUCAUGCUAGCUGUGCUAACAAUGCUAGAUCACCAGUUCAAGACAUGAAGGCAAAAAGUGGAUCUCAACAGAAGAAGGGGCCUGGUCACAAGUCUUCAGUUUGCACCUUGCUUGAAGACAGUGUGGAAGCUAGUGAACAGCACCCUGGGACUGGCCGUAAAAAACGAGCAAGAUCUACUCCAGAUGAAACUGAUGCCAAUGGCAGGAAAAGCACAACUGAUUUUGGGGGACAGCGAGAUGGCAGUCUGUGGCUAGUUGGAGAGGGCGAUGGUCCUGUGCAAGGCAGUCUGCUAGAAGAAGUAUUGGCAGAGAAGAAAAUGGCACUGUUGAGGUCACCAGAAGUUGUAAGAUUCUUGCAAAAGAGGCAAUCUUUGCUGCAGAUUACACAAGCUCGGAAUAUGACAGCAGUGGACUUGAAUGAUGGAGAGGUUGAGGAUGAUGGUCAGCAUAGCAGCUGACUGCAGAUAAGAGAAUAGCUGAAUAGUGAAACUUGUGCUUGAAUGUGACUACCCUUUUGGUUGUAUGUGAUGUUUUAAACCCGCGCAACACCAUUUUAAUAAAGUGCAUUAUUUUCAACA